AUGGCCAGUGUCACAGAGAGGGAAAGCAAAGUCCUAACUGGUGGUCCUGUGCACUUACCCUCUUCUGUGCUGAGACCUUUCCGCUUUGUGAUCUCAGUCAUGUACACCUGUCCUGGGCAAGCAGAGGUUCCUGAUCCAAGUGACUCUUUGGGACAAGUGGAUGGACACGACAGCCCUAUUCCAACUCUGAAAGGUUACUUUCUGAACUUUCUGGAGCCAGUGAACAAUAUCACCAUAGUCCAAGGCCAGACCGCAAUUCUGCACUGCAAGGUGGCCGGCAACCCGCCCCCAAGUGUGCGAUGGCUGAAGAAUGAUGCCCCAGUCGUGCAGGAGCCCCGGCGUGUCAUCAUCCGGAAGACAGAGUAUGGCUCUCGGCUACGAAUCCAAGACCUGGACACAACGGACACUGGCUACUACCAGUGCGUGGCCACCAACGGGGUGAAGACCAUUACCGCCACAGGUGUCCUGUUCGUGCGGCUUGGUCCAACACACAGCCCAAAUCAUAACUUUCAAGACGAUGACCACGAGGACGGGUUCUGCCAGCCUUACCGGGGCAUCGCCUGCGCCCGCUUCAUUGGGAACCGGACCAUCUACGUGGACUCCCUCCAGAUGCAGGGAGAGAUCGAGAACCGAAUCACAGCGGCCUUCACUAUGAUAGGCACGUCCACGCAUCUAUCGGACCAGUGCUCGCAGUUCGCCAUCCCGUCCUUCUGCCACUUCGUGUUCCCACUGUGCGAUGCACGCUCCCGGGCGCCCAAGCCGCGUGAGCUGUGCCGCGACGAGUGCGAGGUGCUAGAGAGCGACCUGUGCCGCCAGGAGUACACCAUCGCACGCUCCAACCCGCUCAUCCUCAUGCGGCUGCAGCUGCCCAAGUGUGAGGCGCUGCCUAUGCCGGAGAGCCCCGACGCCGCCAACUGCAUGCGCAUCGGCAUCCCGGCUGAGCGGCUGGGCCGCUACCAUCAAUGUUACAAUGGCUCGGGCACGGAUUAUAGAGGGACGGCGAGCACCACUAAGUCAGGGCACCAGUGCCAGCCGUGGGCCCUGCAGCACCCCCAUAGCCACCACCUAACCAGUGCAGACUUCCCCGAGCUCGGAGGGGGACACGCCUACUGCCGGAACCCUGGAGGGCAGAUGGAAGGGCCCUGGUGCUUCACGCAGAAUAAAAACGUACGCAUGGAACUGUGUGACGUACCCUCUUGUAGUCCCCAGGACGGCAGCAGAAUGGGUAUUCUGUACAUCCUGGUUCCAAGCAUUGCCAUCCCCCUGGUCAUUGCCUGCCUUUUCUUCUUGGUCUGCAUGUGCCGGAAUAAGCAGAAGGCUUUGGCUUCCACGCCCCCACGCCGGCAGCUGACGGCCUCCCCCAGCCAGGACGUGGAGAUGCCCCUCAUCGGCCAGCACAAGCAGGCCAAACUCAAAGAGAUCAGCUUGUCCACGGUGAGGUUCAUGGAGGAGCUAGGGGAGGACCGCUUUGGGAAGGUCUACAAAGGCCACCUGUUCGGCCCAGCGCCAGGGGAGCCCACCCAGGCCGUGGCCAUCAAAACGCUGAAGGACAAAGCAGAGGGUCCACUCAGGGAGGAAUUCCGGCAUGAAGCCAUGCUGCGGGCUCGGCUGCAGCACCCCAAUAUUGUCUGCCUGCUGGGUGUGGUGACCAAGGACCAGCCCCUCAGCAUGAUCUUCAGCUACUGCUCACAUGGUGACCUCCACGAGUUCCUGGUCAUGCGCUCCCCGCACUCAGACGUGGGCAGCACAGAUGACGACCGCACAGUGAAGUCGGCCCUGGAGCCCGCCGACUUUGUGCACGUGGUGGCGCAGAUCGCAUCGGGCAUGGAGUACCUGUCCAGCCACCAUGUGGUGCACAAGGACCUGGCCACCCGCAACGUGCUUGUGUAUGACAAGCUGAGCGUGAAGAUCUCGGACUUGGGGCUGUUCCGCGAAGUGUACUCAGCCGACUACUACAAGCUGAUGGGGAGCGCACUGCUGCCCAUCCGCUGGAUGUCCCCCGAGGCUAUCAUGUACGGCAAGUUCUCGGUAGACUCGGACAUCUGGUCCUACGGCGUGGUCCUGUGGGAGGUCUUCAGCUACGGCCUGCAGCCCUACUGCGGGCACUCCAACCAGGACGUGGUGGAGAUGGUGCGCAGCCGGCAGGUGCUGCCCUGCCCCGACGACUGCCCUGCCUGGGUGUACGCCCUGAUGAUCGAGUGCUGGAAUGAGUUCCCCAGCCGGCGGCCCCGCUUCAAGGACAUCCACAGCAGGCUCCGGGCCUGGGGCAACCUGUCCGCCUACAACAGCUCAGCACAGACCUCGGGCGCCAGCAACGCCACACAAACCAGCUCCCUGAGCACCAGCCCGGUCAGCAAUGUCAGCAACACCCGCUACGGUGGCCCUAAGCCCAAGGCCCAGCCCUUCCCCCAGCCACAGCUCAUCCCCAUGAAGGGCCAGAUACGACCCCUGGUGCCCCCUCCACAGCUCUACAUCCCUGUCAACGGCUACCAGCCAGUGCCGGCCUACGGGGCCUACCUGCCCAACUUCUACCCCGUCCAGAUCCCGAUGCAGAUGGCCCCUCAGCAGGUGCCUGCUCAGUUGGUCCCCAAGCCCAGCUCCCACCACAGUGGCAGCGGUUCCACCAGCACGGGGUACGUCACCACUGCGCCCUCCAACACGUCCGUGGCAGACAGGGCAGCCCUGCUCUCUGAGGGAACCGAGGACACGCAGAACGCCCCUGAAGACGCUGCCCAGAGCCCCGUGCAGGAAGCAGAGGAGGAGGAGGAUGGCUCUGUCCCAGAGACUGAGCUGCUUGGGGACAAUGACACUCUGCAGAUGGACGAGGCUGAGGUCCAGCUGGAAGCCUGAGGGGUGCGGGGCUGCGGGGUGCUCACAGGUAACUUCAGCUGCCUUGAGAAGUGAGCCCCAGUCACCCAUGAGCUGGUUUGUAGCCUCAUCCCCAUGAUAUCUCACUCCUGCCAUCCUCUCGUGCACAGAACUGCAGCUGCAGCAGCCCAUUGGGUUGCAGCAACUUUUAGCUCGUGGCGCCCAAUGCACAGUGACCCCCAACAUCUGCAUUUCUUCAGAAGAGGAUGGGUAGUAAGCAGUGCCUGUGCUUUGAAGGAAAAUAGGUGGCGUCUUCCCUCUACGUUGCACAUGGAUCCAGUAUUGCAGACCCUUGAGACAGUCGGCCUGUGCAGGGCAGCGAGGUGGGACUUGAGCUUCGGAAUUCCCAGCGACUGGCUGCUGGUUGCCGUGGGGGAGCUCCGUUUCUCUCUGCUGCCCCCUGCCGGUGGUAGCUCCCCCUUCAGCUGCCUAAGAUCGGCGGGAGCAGGACGCUGCCGCCUGCCAUGGUCUGGAGAAAGGGGCUUCUGAAAUGGGAGUUCGUUUUAAAACAAAUGUGCCUUAAAAAAAAAAAAAAAA